AUGAUAAUGCCCCCAGCCCUUCAUGUCCUCUGCUUCGGCGAUAGUUUCACAGCCGGCUUCUCCUUCUGGGAACCCAAAGACCAUCCAUAUGCUAUUUCUCUGGAAGCUACACUGAAGGAAGCAUUUCCUACGAUCAAUGUCACAACGGACAUGCAAGGCCUCAGUGGCGACUGUAAGGAUAUUCAGAUCUUUUGCACUCAUCCUAUCUCUCUUCAUCUGAGCGUGUUUUAUCUGAACUAUGAGAUUUGGUUUAUCGCUUUCAAGAGUUUGAGAAGCUGAUUCAUUGUUGAUUGCGCAGAAGUUAUCACUCCUCCAGGCGGAUUCUUAACGAGAAUGGAUAUUUUAUGUAGGUCAUUUCGCAGUCUCGAGUCUUGCGCCAUUGCUUUGAUGCAAAAGGCUUUCCUAUUAUCAGAUGCCAUGAAAUUUUCCGGUGCCGCGUUUCUAUAUUUGAAUUACUUGUCGAGGUGUCUAUCUCUCGCCCUAAAUAUCUCUUCUCUGCAGCAGGGCCGCCAAGUAAACAAGUAAAGAGCAGUGAACAUUACUCUUAUUCUUCCAACUCUGUAUAAGCACCUGAGUGAUUGACCUAGGCAUCUAGGUUGAUCGAUUCAAUUAUUCUAAAAUUCCCAGUCAAAUUCUCCAUUCAUUACGUAUCGUUAAAACCAUUCGGCUACCUCCCUGGCCCAUCAAGGCUACUACAAGCCUCCGUAUCUCACCAUGAAUGCCUCAUCCAAAAAAAAAAAAGAACAUCAAGAGUAAGGCGGCUACAAUAUCUCACUAACACCCCCCUCAGACCAAGAAACACACCCCCAAAACCCCUUCACCCACGCCAUAAUCCUAGGCGGAACAAACGACCUCUUCCAACACGCCUCCCCCACCUCCAUCUACCGCGCCCUAAAGGACGUAUGGGCAAUCCCGCUCUCCAACUCCACAGACGUCCUCACACUAACCAUCCCCGAAUGUCCCACCUGCGAGACAGCUCUCAUUCCCAAACGGCUUAAAAUCAACAGCGCGAUCCUAGCACAGGGCGAGAUACUCGCCGAAGAGCGACGGUUGGAGGAAGAAUGGGGACUUCACGCAACCGACGCGAAAGCGAAGGAGGGGAAGUUAUAUACCUUUGAUUUGUAUAAUGAGAUCCCGUAUGAGAGUUUGGGCGAGGAGGAGAAGAAGGAGCUUUGGGGUGAUGGGGUGCACUAUUCCAGUAAGGGAUAUGAUCUUAUGGGGAGGUUGUUGGCGGCGAGGAUUAUCGAGUUGGUUGGAGAGGAGAUGGGAGUAAAGAAUGAGAGGGAUGGAAAAAGGGGAGCGGAAAAAGAGGAUGAGGAUAGUGGGGGGACGAUGAGGACGGAGUUGAAGAAGAGGGGGAGCAAGGAAAUUAGAGAGAAGCGGUAG